AUGGAUGAUAAAAGGGAUGCAGAUAAACGAACACCAUCAUUUAAAGUACCAUCAUUAAGAUUUAGUGUACCUCAACAAACUGUUCGGACAAGAGUUGGGGGUAAUAAUAGUACUGGUGGCUUACACAGACAAAAGGUAAGGUUAAAACCGGGACAUUCAGCCUUAGAUUGGCAUCGAUUAACCAUCGAAUCUGGUAGUAAGGGUAAAUUGAUAAGUGGGUUAGAUGAUUUGAUAUGUGAUGAAGAGUUUUUACGAUUAAAUCAAGAGAAUGCCUAUGGUUUAGACAAAUUAAUACGAAUGAGGGUCCCCACGUAUCAAAUAUAUCCAUUUUUGAAAAUAAAUAAUUCUAUUUUACAGAGACAUACCAGUAGGACCGAUUGUUGGACUAUUUAUAAGGGUAAAGUUUAUUGUGUGAGUGAUUAUUUGGAAUAUCAUCCCGGUGGACCAGAUAUAAUAUUCCAAAAUUGUGCUGGGAAGGAUAGUACUGUCCUGUUCAAUCAAUAUCAUAGUUGGGUGAAUGCAGAGAAACUUUUAGAAACCUGUCUAAUUGGAAUAUUUGUUAAUGAAUAG